UCAUUCAGCUGCUGCCACCAGGGAGCAGGAGGAGAGAGCAGGAGGAGGAGGAGGAGGUGAAUGAGGUGGGUGCCGGGAAAAUCUUAUGAAUGAAACCGAGGGCAGUGACGUCAAUGGGAACCGCUUGACGCAUGCGUCACGUGGGUCCGGAGAGCGGGGGCACAGCCGGAGAGCCGCAGCCGCUGUCCAGAGUCCUGAAAACAGACGAUCCCGAGAGGAGGCACGAGACGGAGGCGAACGACGGCAGAACCCGCGAGGACGCGCAGGAAGGCAUUUCACAGAGGCGGGAAUCCAGAGGACCGCGGGAUUCCCAGCAGCGGACGUGACGAGGAGGGGAGGCUGGAAUCCCCCGCAGCUCCCACGCAUCUGCAGGUUGUCUUCGGUACUCCCAACCGAUCUGUUCUACAAGACCAUGACCAAGAACUUUAAAGCCACAAGUGUCUUCACGCUCCUCCUCCUUGUCAUAUCAGUCUCCUUUCCCCAAUCGUCCACCUCCCACCCUCUAAGAACCAGUGGAGACGUUCAAGACCUUCAUGCUGAUGCUCCAUCUGGACUGGAGAGAAGACAUGAAGAGAGAGCAUCAAUCCACAGGGAUGAGAAGAAGGAGGAGCUCUUCAAAGAUGUUGAUCCCAGGAAGUUAGCAGCGGUUCUACUGGAGGCGCUGAAUCGCUCACAAGUGGAGCGAGGCAGGCCUGAAGAGGAGGAGAUGAAAGCCGAGAGGAGAGCUGUCAAAAAGCAGGAGGUGAAUGAGGAGGGAGCAGACCGGCACAGAGAUGGACGAGAGGAGCUGGAGAUGCUGAUUGCCUCACACGGGAAGGACAGGGGAAUCGAGGAGGAAGAGGAGAGGAAGAGGGCUAUGGAAGAGGAGGAGAGGAUGACUGAGAAGGUGAAUAGUCACACCACAAGCCAGAUAAUCCAGGUCCAAAAGCCACCAGGUUCAGAAACACUAUCAGAGAACGGGAAUGGAUCCUCACCUACUGCGGACCAAAACAACGAGGAGGAUGAGGAGGAGGAGCAGCUCAACCCGGAGGAGCUCAAGAGUCUGGAGACCAUGAUGAAGGAGUUUCCUCGCUUGAACACGGUCACUGAAAGAGAGGUGGAAGUGGAGCGCCGGCAGACGCGAGCUUUCAGCAGCUAUAACGAUGUCAUACCCAAACACAAAGGCACUGAUCUGGCCCUGACCAAGAAGAAGCUGAAGUGGCAGGAGGAGACGCAAAAAGCUCUGUUCUUCCCAAAGUUUGAUAGCGACAACUCCAUCGAACAACUAGAGGAGAAGAAGUAUGGUGGUAUGGCCGCUCAGCCUCCACCUCCAGAGGAGCAAGAGGAAAAAGAUGAUGAACCAGAGGAGGAGGAAGAGGAAGUACUGAGUCCAGAAGAAGAAGAAGCUCGAGCCAAGGUGGAGCAGGAGGAGAUGCUGAGGCAGGCAGCUGAGGCGCAAAAAGCCAAGAUGGAGGAAGAGAAGCUGGCGGACAUCGCCUCAGACAUGCUCCUGCGGUACAUGGUCAAACAAAACCAUGGCAAGAAGAAGCACAGCUCUCCUCUGUCCAACGCUGCUGAGGACAAGAGGUCCAACGAGGAGCAGGAGGUGAUCGAGGAGAACGACAUCGACCCACAGACCAUCGACAAGCUCAUUGAGAUUUCCAGCAAGCUGCACCUCCCGGCGGACGAUGUGGUGGACAUAAUCGCUGAUGUUGAGAAGAAGAAAAAGAAAGACACGUCCCCGCAGCUGAUGUCCUUCUGGCAGCGUCCCCCAUCAACACCGUCUGCCUCGUUUUUGCCUGGAUGGCAGGCUUCAAAUCAAAAUAGCAUUCCAGUUUCCAAGCAACCAUCUCCAGCUGCCAAUCUCCUCAAGACCUGGUUUCAGGAGAAAAAUAAACUCAGAUCAGAGAAUUUUCAGAAGAAACUUUCCAAGUCUCUGCAGGUCAGUCCAGGCUUUUGGUCUCAGCCUCAGUUAGUCAAACAGAACCGUCAUUUCAACCCCUUAAAGUCUGCUUGGACCAGGUAUCCUGUUUAUCCCUAUGCCUAUGCUUCCUACUACCAGAGGAGCCCCUUCCUGGACUACUAUCCCAUCUAUCUUCCUCCUGCCCCCAGACCCAAGCCCCAGUACUACAUCUCCAAACCCCCUGCUGCUCUGAACAGCCUGUGGGGGGGUUCUGUGGACACGUUCCCUCCUAGAAGGCCUUAUCAAAGCUGGGUGCAGCCUCAGCUGAGGAAGCCUCCUGUACGCCUCCAGCAUAAGUCCUACUACAAUAGCUAUCCACCUCAAUUCUCCCGACCGCUUCAGAGAGUUCGCAUCCCCGAAGAGCGGCCCCCUCCCCAGACGGGCUUGGUUUCUUCCCUGCAGAAGAUGUUUGAUAACUCCGUUCAGGUGCCCUCAGUGACACGAAACAGUGAGCCCGGGAGAAAGGCAGACAGCAGCAGCCUCGAUGAUCUGGAGACUUACAUUCAACAGAUCCUCAUGGAGAGACCUCAGAAGAAGGAGUGAUGGACCGACAGAUGAAAGAAGAGAGAAUCACGAGAGCAGAAAACUGAACUUUUCAUCUCUUCAUGUUGGUAUUUGUGGUUUGUUUGACAUAUGUGAGAAGUUGACAGGUGUGUCUCAAUCAAACAAUCUUUGUCUUUGGUCUGGGUAAUGUAAAGAAGGGUCCAUGAAGGCCCAACCGGAAAUGUUUGGACAUUCAUCAAUGCCAUUACAAGAAGACUUCUUGACGUGUCGUCUGAAGCCACAAUGGAGAAUGUUUGAUGGCCUUCUGCUAUCUGGACAUUCUAGUGUAAGAUCCCAACUGGAUCCUGAUGGAGGAGUUGUAGGGAUCUCUGUAACAGUGCUCAUCAUUGUGCCUGUGCUGUGAUCUUGAUCCAUCCGGUGCCUGUCGGUUUCUAACAGAGGGUUGGAAAGACUGAUCUGAGCUUUUUGCAGUCUGGGUUUUCCUUCCAGAACUGUUCUAGAAGGCAGCAUGCAAACUGUCCAUCCACAUAACAUACUCUCAUCCCCAAGUCGUCACAUAUUGACAUUUGGUCAAGGCCCCUUCCGCGUCACUUCUUGACAUUUUGAGUGUCCUCGUCAUCUUUUGAUACGCUGGCUGUUCGUAAAAUCCCGGGUCCGCAACCCUCGGACGUACCAGGCGCAGUACCAAAUGUGGUACUGAACGUUGGUUCUCGGGACGCGGCUGGUAACGGUACCCUAACCUGGGACCUGUACCUUAACCUGGUACUGGUACCCUAACCCGGUACCAAAUGCAGUACUGGAUGUGCACUGGUCCUUAGGAGGCGUCCAGUACCGGUACCCUAACCCAGUACCGUAACCUGGCACUGGUUUGUGUCCGUUACCGUAUCCGGUUGGCACCCAGUAUCGUGUCUGGAACCGGUUUCGAUCUGGUACUUCAUCUGGUCUGGUGUCGGGUUAGGGUAGGUACCGAUACGGAGUUUGAAUACUGGUGCACUACGCGUCGUGGUACUGGACUGGUUCUGGUUUGUGGCCCGGAGGUUGGGGAUCUGUGAUUUAAUGGGAACAGCCAGUUAAAAAAAACAAUGACUUUGGGACACCCAAAACAUCAAAAAGUGACGCGGUGGGGUCCUUAACCAAAUGUCAAUAUGUGAUGGAUUGGGAAUAAGAAUGUGUUGAUCCAUAACAUGGAGGAUAUCACUGUGUAGUCUUCAUUACGUUUAAAUUUGACCUUAAUCAAGAACCUACGCUAAAUUUGUGGCCAAAUCUAAAUUUGUCACCUACCCCUUCGACUCUUCGCUAUUGCUCCAAUUGUGAAGGUAUUUGACGCUGUAGUGGUGUUUUUCUGAGGAGCCAUAGCCACUGAAGGCUGGGUAUCACUCAUCUGGUAGGGUGAUCUGAGAAGAAACACAUUUCUUUAUGUGGGUGUGCUCUGUAGCACAGAAAGGUAUAGCACUGAUGUCGUGUAUUUUCUGAGCGCAAGCAGCUACGCACUUACAUAGAUGAUCAUUGAGUGUUAGAAACAUCCAGAUUUGAAGACACUAGUUUUCCAUAUAUCUUUGCUUGGAUGACUAACUGUAGGGAGAAACCAUAGGGGUAGAGAACCAAUUCAGGUUUGGCCUAACUUUUACCCAAAGUAACUACUUCAGCUAUGGACACUACAAGCAUGUGACACCUGUUCAAGAAUGCGUGAUUGGCAUGUUCUUGAAAGAGCCUUUAGCCCGUGCUAUUCACACUGGACAAGCAGGGAAGGACUUUGUCUUAUUAUUUUUUUUCAACUGUUACUAAUGCAUGUCCGACGUUGGAGGAGCCUUUGUGCAAAAUCCCGUGAAUCUUGUUCCAGGCGUUGCCUUUCACAGCUCUGUUCUGAUGUAUGAAAGACUUGGUGUCAUAGAAUUCCAGCUGGCUCAAAACGCAAGUAUUGAUUUCUCCUCUACCAUACAAAAUUAUUUUCCCGUUGGCUGCUUUUCCUUUGUUCCCCCUAGUAGAAGAAUUGCACAUUCUUUACAGAACCACAGAAAUGACUAAAAAACUUUCAUCCUAUAUUUUUUUUUUUCUUGUCAUGAUCUGGUGGGCCGAAUACGGCCCAUGGGGCGUAUGUUUGACACCCCUGCUCUAGUCAUUAGUGAAGUGAGAGUACUGGCUUUUUAUUCACCAUGUGCCAAUGAUUCAUAAGUGAACCCGAAGAUGCUUGUAGGACGUCCACGCAAACUACACUGAUUUUCUAACGUCUUCUAUUUUCUAAAAGUCAGGCUACACGCAUGUUCAUGCAACGGGCAUUCAUGGACCAUGCACUCAUCAACUGAACAGCACCAACAGGCUCCUAGUGCUGGGUUUUUGGAGUUAAAAAAUGGACUCACCUUCUUCACCUUUAGUUACCUGUAUGUGUCGUUUAAGUGUUUGCUACAGCAUGGUCACCCGCAGCACACCCAUAGAUUCAAAUGUGCAUGAACGUUUUUGCUCCUCAGCAGGGGUGUCAAACUCAAUAAAAAAAAAAAACACUACUUAGGUUUCAGGCUGAACAGGAGAAACAUUUAUUGACCAUACUUAAACUAAAUUCUUUAACUUUUAAAGAUCGUAACUUUUUCUAAUAAUUAUAUACUAGAUAUUUAUCAUUACCUGCGAUAAUGCUGGGUAUGAUUACCUAGAGGGCCGGAUCCGGCCCUCGGGCCUUGAUUUUGACACAUGUGCUCCAUGGGCUCAACUAGUGGUCAACAAUCUUUAAUUUUUCCCUUACAGAGUUGAGACUGGGACAUUAACAAUCAGUUUCACAAAACCCACAAAAUUAAAACAAAAAAAAAAGAAGAAACAAUUCUGUAAGAAAGCACAGGCCAUGGCCUCUAGUGUUAAGACACCCUUUCCCCUUUGUGGAUGUGAUAACACAAUAUUCCUUGUUGUUAAUCAGCAAAACCUUCCAAUUUUAUUUGCUUGAUAGGUCAGAGUAUUCACAUUUUUUAGUCCUCUUAAUAAAAACAAAGCUUAAAAGUUUUAAUGUAAGAACAAGCCGCGUCGUCGGUGUCGCCUAGACACAAAAUCUUUAACAUACUGUAACUUUUUCAUUGUUAAGACGAUCGACGUGAUUCCAGCAGAUUCUGAAGGUGAAAAGCGGCUUUAGCUCCAGCGCUAAAGGGUUAAAGAACGCAGAACACAACCACCUUUUCAUGAAAAAUGGCUAAUCUUCUUGAAAAGAAAAGAAGGUUCUAUGACAGAAGACGCCACAUUACAGAUGAGUCAGCAUUUUGCAUAACUUUAAGUACCUUGUUGCCAUGGUGCCAAACUCCAGCCGAUCACUGCAUGGCUUCCUGGAAGCGUGCAGCUGUGGAGGUUUGUGCCUCAGACAUGAAGCUCCAAAGCGGCUGCAGGGAAAGCUUGGUUUGUAUCAAACUUGCUGCUGUUUCUAAGACAUGUUGUCUCAUCUGAAGGAUUUGGUUUUUAUUUGUUCUGCACGUCUUAAAAGUCAAUGUGCAUGCUGUAAACAUUUCUCCUGUCACGUCUGUCUGCUGCUGCCGAGUCAGAACAUUGUCAUCCAUGUAUCAGUUUGCUGAACAGGGAGGCUGUCAGGUGUGGACAAAGACGGACGACUCACAUUUUUCUAUCUUUCAAUGUUUGUUUGGAGCAUGAGACGAAUGCGACUCCUGAGUAGAGUGAAGCCCAAGGCAUGGAUGGAGUCUGUAAGCUUCUCUCUACAAACAUCUAAAAAAAUUCUUUGGAGAUGUCCAAGCAUCACUUUAAAAAAGAAUAAAAAAAUCGUCAAGAUUACAGCAACAAAGAUGUCAGUGGAGCCUCGUCUGAGUUCUGUGUUGUCCUUGCUGAUUCUGGCUGUACGGUGAAUCUUAAUAAACCCCAGUUUGCUGAA